UUGAAACCGGAAGUCGAUUGCAGCGCCGGCCUCCCGGCGCGGCCGCGGAUCUGUUCAUAUUGGCGGGAGCUGAACGCACAGUCUCCGGCUCCCUGCAGUUGAGCCCGGGCCGCCGAGAGCGUCGGGCAGAGCGGGCAGGAUGCGGGUGGCGGUGGCCGGCUGCUGCCACGGCGAGCUGGACAAGAUCUACGAGACGCUGGCGCUGGCGGAGCGACGGGGCGCAGGCCCGCUGGACCUCCUUCUGUGCUGCGGCGACUUCCAGGCGGUGCGCAACGAGGCCGACCUGCGCUGCAUGGCCGUGCCGCCCAAGUACCGCCACAUGCAGACUUUCUACAGGUAUUAUUCUGGAGAGAAAAAAGCCCCAGUUCUCACAGUCUUCAUCGGGGGAAACCAUGAGGCCUCAAAUCAUUUACAAGAGUUACCCUACGGUGGCUGGGUAGCUCCGAACAUUUACUAUUUAGGUAUGUGUUUGUGUAUAAUUUUGGAGUUUCAUGGGAGAGAAGAGGGUUUGGAUUAGGGCAGAAGUACUUUGAGAUGCAUAGUGUGUGGGGAUUAUCAUUAAUUUUAAUAACCGUGAAAUUUUAGUCGAAAGAGUUAACUAUUAAACAUUUAAUCAUGAAGAUCUGUCCUUGCAUCACCUAAUGUUUUAAGCAGUGAUUAGUAUGACAGCAAAGGCCUUACACACUAUUUAUAGUCCUUUUAUUUCUUUCAUUCUCUUCUUACAGAAUUAAAAAAAAAACCCAGACUAUAUAAUGGAUAUUGUUAACCAUGCACAAAAAUGAGAGUAGCAUAAUGAAUCUUUGUACCUGUUAAAUUAACUUCAGUGAUUAUUGUCAUUUUGCUGUCCUUGUUUUCAACCUAUAUCCUCAGCUUUUUUGAAGGAGAUGACUGGAGUGUUAAAGCAAAUCCCAGGCAUUAGAUUGUUUCAUCUAUAAAUACUUAACAUUUUUUAAGUGGUAAGAAUUUUUAUAAAAUACCACAAUGUAUCAUUAUACCUAACAAAAGUAACAGUACAGUAAUUCUUUGUUACCUGUUUCCCAUUCAUACUCAGAUUUCUCUAGUUAUCCCAAA